UUCAAAAGCAUCGUCAUCUACAAAGGAAAACUCCCCGUAGGGCAAAAAUUCACACAUUGUGGCACCAUACAGGGAAUUGACAUCAAAAUACAUCAAGUAGAUCGAUUCAAGAUCUGGACGAUAGUCAUCUUUCAUGUAUGUAUUGUUAGCCUUCGCGUAUCUAGUGGAACAUUGAGUGAUACCACCUCGAAUACCCUUCUCAAUGAACAUAACUUGAUCAAUAUUUGUUAGAAGUUCUAAUUUAAUCUCGGUAAUUUUGAGCAUGGCAUCGAAUGCGAGACCAGGUGCCGUGUAAUAAUGCAAGAGAUCCAGUUUAUAAGUUUGUAGACAAGUUUCACGAAAAUUUUCAAAUAUAUCCGCUAAAAGUAGCACGUCUGUUUUCAAAUACAAAUCCGAAAAUUGACCGAGAGUUUGAAUCGAAAACAAGUUCCAUACUUUUAAAGCAUGAUCAUAAUCUUCGUCGGUGAUGCCUUCGUUACGCAAUGAACUAAAAAAAUUAUCUUUUGGCGGUAACUGAGUUUCGUUUAAUUUUUCCCAAGAGUCUACGUAUUCGUAGGGAAAAACACCCUUUCGUAUGACCAAAUUAAACUCGGACUCGUUGUGACUUUGCGAACGCGUUAUCGUUUUUUUAUCAUUUCCCAAAUACGAAGACAAUUUUUCUAUGCUACUGCUCAUAAACCUAAAGGAGUCGAUAAAUCGAAAAUUAACCUUUGUACCCUCUACGUAUUUCGUAAAGGAGAUAUACUUCUCUUUGUUUAAAGGUAAAAGUUUUAUUUGUCCAGGCAUACCGGUUGCAAGUUCGCGGAUGAUGAAAUGUGAAUCGUAUCCACUUAGAUUAUGAAAUACCACCGGUAUGGCAUGAUUAUCUUGAUAGUUUAUAUUGCAUGCCUGAUGUGAUGCGCCCCUGUAUUUGGACGUAAAAUGGCAAUGAUCUCGGCACCGAAUUUCGUUUUCGGAAAACGCCUUCUCGCAUAUGUGGCAAUGAGUGGCGCUCUCGAAAUCUUGUUGCUGUUUCUCACUCAAUCUUUCCAUCGGUCGAGGGUUGUUAAUAAUUGUAUUAGUCCACAUCGCGAUACUUCGUAGAUGGUUAAUAAACCAAGUUACGCAAUCCUCACCUCUAUAGGACCAAAACUUCGAGAGCGAUUCGUCAUACGCACAUUUCAAAUAAAAAGCUAUGCCGUAAGGUACAUGCCUUUGAAAUAGGUUAGUGUUUUUCCCUGUAUCGUAAAUUGUAUCACAUUUUUCCAAAAUGCUUUCUAUAUCCGCGUAAAUUGCAAACGGAACUUUUUCCUUAUUAGAAUAAUGAGAAAACUGUACAAAUUUUUCAGAUUCUCUAGGCAAUCUUACCGCACAUUUAUUUACUUGAUGACAGCGCAUCGUAUGCUUUUCCAGUAACGGAUUCGAAGAGAAGUGAUUUAAGCAGAUGUUACAGAAAAAUUUUGCAUGUCCCUUUCUCGACAAUUGCGACGAUAAUAAACGUGAUAGAUUUUUUAUCCACGCAAAAUGAUAGUAUUUAGAAUUAGCGCCAUUUGUAUCAGAUGAUAAGACUAGUAAAUUGAUCGUAUCUGCUCGAGGUUCGCGAUUUCUACUUAACAUGAAAGGAAGUACGUUUCUCUUUUCUAAGCAAUACAAGUUAAUGGCGAGAUUAUUCAAUCGUUCGAACUUCUUUAUAUCGGUUACCUUAAUAGGGAAUUCAAUAUUUCCACGGUUCAAAACAGCAUCGACAUGGGGGUAACUGAAAGGUCUAUCGGGGUUAGAUUUCGCGGGAUAAAGGGCGGAGACGACCGACCACAAAAAACAAUACUUGUCAUUAUUUCUAACAUUGAUAACCGCUCUCUUAAGUGCUAUAAAUCGAGGGAUUUUAAUAUAGGUGGAAAAGCGUCCUACUCUAAUGGGCAUGUAUUUAUUUAUGUUUAUUUUUACAUAUAAUACCUCCCUUAAACUCCAACCAGAUUGACACUCUUCAAAGCCCUCAAGCUUCCCUCGCAAUCUAUCAAUUACCUCCUUCCGAUACCACUCUUUUAGAUUACUACCGACAUCAAGAACGCUAUUUUUUGUGGCAAACGUCUUGAGAUCUAUAUUAAGAUUUUGAGGAUGUAUGAAAUCGCAUGCAAGAACCACGUUUACUUUUAGCAUGGAUUGUCUUAACAUUUCCCUAACCUUUCGUGCAAUGUUAUUAAACGCCCUAUCCAAAAAUAUUAAAGGAUCCUUGUAUAUCGUAUUUACAAUAAUACCGGUAAGUAUUCGACUCUGAAAGCAGGAAUUUAAAGUUUGCCAAAUUAGGGCACGAGAUUUGGGACCGUUGUUACUAGAAGGACUGUUAGUAGGGGUAUCACUUAUUCCACAACCCCCUUUUUUUCCCGAAACCUUUUUCAAUUGUUGAAGUAACCUAACCAGAUAAAAUUUCAAAAUGCCUAGAUUACUUUCUAAAGUACUGGGGUUCUCUAGGCGAUUGUCUAAAUGAAUUCUAUUAUUGAUUGCAUUUUGUAUCAAUGAAAUAUUUGUCCUUAAUAUCGAAAUAUGUCUCAAAAUUUCCGGUUUAUGUUUUAAUAAUGAAACAGCUUUUCGGGUCAGCUUAACUAUUUCACUACUAAGAAUUGCAACGGAUGAAGAUUCCAUUGUCACUACUUACAGGAAUUGUCUAUCUAAAGAACUAUUUCUUUCUCGGAAAAAAGAUAUGUGAGUACUGAUAUCCUUGUCACAGACACCUCGCGUACGUACAAUCGACACUGUUGAUGGUGUAUUGCACUCGCACGACGUCCUAUACUAGCCGCGGGGGGAUUUGAAGAUGCAAGUAAUGUUAGUAUCGUCACCUUAUAUAUAGACCAGGUGUUCAGGGUCAAAUAUGCACAAUCAGCUGCACUAGUGUGGGAAGUAUCAGAAUCAUACGAUCUAUCGUUCUCACUCAUUAACACAAUCUUUCUUUAGUUUUUCGCAGACGUUACAACAAUUUUACAAUAUAUACUGAAAAUUUUCCCCACACUUUAUUAUUAGUUAGCAUCGAGCUCUGCAGUGUAGUAAACGUAAUGCCUUUACCUUCACGAAAAAUUCCAAAAAAGUCGGACCGCGCGCCGAAAAUAAAAAAGGUCGAGAUACUGCAAUCCUUAUUAAUAAAACCACCGACAGCGACGACCAAAACUUUAACAAAACGACCACCACCAUUGGAGACGAAAAACGCGCCGCCAACACCUAAAAUGGAUUCAGCGUCUCUGCCAGUAGUAAAUAAUGGAGGUCCAUUAUUGGACGAGGAAGUGAUAACAAUCUAUUCGGAUAAUUCUACAAUCGCAACCGGCAACUUGGGUGAUAGUUUGGAGCUAGAUCUUCUGUUGGCCCAGUUGGAAGGGGACCCCGCUGCUAGUUUUAUGUUCGAACCAGCUCGAAUAAUUCCAACACCGAUACUAUCCCAACCAAUGCGGUCGCCUACACCACCACCACAGCCACCGCUACCACCUGCACCGGUGUUCCCACCUCCUCAGGCAGAACGACCUGUCAUGCAAGCGGGCCAAAAACGACCUCGCUGCCAUGACAACGCCUCGCCGUCUACCAGUAGCGGAAAAAUCAAAAAAGGGGGCAAGAAUUUAGCAGACAUAAUGGAGAUGGUCGGAUCUGACCUGGAGGAAAGCUACAGGGCGGACAAACCUAAGGCGUCGCAGCAUGAGGGGAUUAUGCAACCAAAAACGCCACGGGAGCUAACACUCACCACUUACAGCAGCUGAAAAGCAUGGAACCGGUGUACCGGGCCAAGCUGUUGGGGGCGCGUGCCAAGACGCACGAAUUGCAACGUCAAUUAGAUGAUGCAAAAAAAGAAAAGAAACGUGUCGAGAAGGACCUUAGUGACAUUGAGGACUUUCUCAAGUUCCUAAAAUCUAAAAAAUAAGUUUUUUAUGUAAGUAGGUAAUAGUUAAUAUUGUUAAAGGUAGACAUAGGUUUUUUGUAUAU